UUCAGAUUUCAGAGGUCGAUACGGAACCCUAGGCGUCUAUCCAUUAGAAAAUUGGACUGAUUGACCGCACCGAUUCCGCGAUACGUUCCCGAAUCCAACCCAUCUUCGUCCGCUCCGGCCACUCGUUUCGCCGCCGUCGGUCGCCACCCGCAAGGUUUGGAGGAUAAGAUUCGGGAGGGAUGGCUUCCGGUGGGCAGCCGCAGUUCCGGUACACGCAGCCGCCGUCGAAGGUGCUCCACCUGCGGAAUCUGCCGUGGGACUGCACUCCAGAGGAGCUGGUCGAGCUGGGGACCCCCUUCGGCAAGGUCGUCAACACCAAGUGCGGCGUCGGCGCCAACCGCAAUCAGGCAUUCAUCGAAUUCGGCGACCAAAAUCAAGCUAUUGCCAUGAUAUCAUAUUACGCAUCGUCAACAGAGCCAGCACAGGUAAGAGGGAAAAAUGUGUACCUUCAGUACUCAAAUAGACAGGAGAUUGUCAACAACAAGGCAACUGGGGAAGGUUCAGGCAACGUUUUGCUUGUGGGAAUGGAGGGUGUUGCACCAGAUUCUGUCAGCAUUGAUGUUCUACACGUGCAAGCCGUUGUCACGGAGUAUCAUGGCAGGAAGCAUCUGGAACACAUGAUUUUAGCUCCUUAUUACAGAUCUGCAAGCUACCAACUCGAGUUAUUUGCAUCUGUAUUUUCUGCUUUCGGAUUUGUUCAUAAGAUCGCUACCUUUGAGAAAGCAUCUGGUUAUCAGGCUUUGAUUCAGUUUUCUGAUGCUGAAACUGCAACAUCUGCAAAAGCUGCACUGGAUGGUAGAUGCAUUCCUAGCUAUUUGCUACCAGAACUGGAUGUGGCCUGCACUUUGAGAAUAACCUAUUCAGCACACAGUGUUCUCAACGUCAAGUAUCAGAGCCACAGGAGUAGGGACUUCACUAAUCCUUACCUUCCUUUUCUGGACUCUGCUAAAGAUGGCUCUGGACCGGAUGGAAAAAAACAGGAAGCAGAGAGCAAUAUACUGCUUGCUUCUAUUGAGAACAUGCAAUAUGUUGUUACAAUAGAUGUGCUUCAUGAGGUCUUUUCAGCUUUUGGAUUUGUACAGAAGAUUGCUAUUUUUGAGAAGAAUGGCUUUCAAGCAUUGAUCCAGUAUCCAGACAUUCAAACUGCGUAUGCAGCAAAAGAAGCACUAGAAGGGCACAGCAUCUAUGAAGGUGGCUACUGCAAACUGCACCUCACAUUUUCACGCCAUACUGAGCUUAAUGUUAAGGUUAACAAUGAGCGAGGUAGAGAUUAUACCAAGGGGAAUGCCACUCCAAGCAGUGAUCAACCUUCCAUUCUUGGUCCUCAGCCAAUACCAAGCGUUGGUGCUGCUAUUCCACCAGCACAGGGUAGUGUUCCUUCUGCAGCCACCAAUUCAGUAAUGCCACCAGGGGAUCCAUCAGUUGCUCUACCUUCUAAUCCUUCCAGUGAGCCACUCCUGCAAGCACCUGUUGUUUCCUCUGGAGGGCCUCCGCAUUACCCUAAUCAGGCCAUCCUACAAGGCCCACUUGGUGUUGUUGCACGGUUCCCAGGCUAUGGUGCCCUGCAGUUUGCUCAGGGCUCAGCUCAAGCUCAAAUGGUGCAGCCUUCAGGCCAAGGAAGUCAACAUAUGUCAGGUCAUGUAAAUUAUCAGCUACCUCCAGGUUCAGCCCAAUUCAUGCAGUAUCUCAGCAACGGAAGCCAUCCACUUCCAAACGCACCUGGGCCACAGACAAUGCCUUACCCUGCCCUCAGUGGGCAGCAGCUACCUCCGGGUCUUCAGAUGAUGCAAGCUCAAGGUUUUGGAGGCCUGCCGUUUUCACAGGGUCCUGGACAACCAAUGCCACAGUUCCCAAUGUAUGGCACCCAGCAGUUUCCUCCGGGUAUGGAGCCCAAGAUGAUGCGCUUCUCUGAGCAGGGAGGCCAGCAGUUUACAUUUGCGCCGCGGGGUCCAAAUAGUCGUUAGCAAAUUUGAACUUAGCAACGUUAGAUCGUUGAUGGUGAUGAAUGGAUGUCAAGCCUUCUAUGUUGCUGUUUUCUAAGGUGAAUACCGAUGCUGUUCCAUUACUAGGAUCUAUACUUGGUUUAUCUCUCGUACUGUGGCCAAAACAAAUGUCUAAUCUGAGGUUUCGUAGCCUUGUAUUUGUAUCGAUUUCCUCACGCCCGCAGCUUCUGCC